AUGCCCACUGCGAUCGAAUUGGCCACGGCUCAACUGCGACUGCAUUGUAACCAAGACUUGGAACGGAUCCCUUUGAAUAAGGUGCUUGAUGGACUUUGGUCCGUCUUGAUGUGGGCUUCAGGGCUUUCUGCUGAGAUGAAUUUUGAGCACAUUUCCGCCAAACAGAAAGGCAUGCACAUUGGCACAGCUGCAGUUUUUAUGGUUGCAGAUUGCUUGCUGCGUUGCCACCUGAAACAACGAGUUUUAGCUUGCUUGGAGAUUUCAAUUGACUUUUUGCUGUCUUGGCUUUUCUUAGAUGGGAAGAAUUUUGGGAGAAAACCAGAGGGUGCUCUGCGAGCCCUUGCCGGGUUGUUUGUUGCCAACGGCAUGGCGAUCCUGAAGGGCAGGGCUAGGACCCAGCAAAGUCACCAGGUUGGCCAACUACUUUGCCCAGAUCACCGUUCUAUUUUCUGGCCCAAGAGUUUCCCAGAGCAAAGUUUGGCGCAAAGACGGCAGGCAAUUGACCGAUUUGUCCACUUGCAGCUUCUCGCUGUUCGGGCUCCCAACAUUGAUUUGGAAGCUUAUGGGUGCAACUUGCAGAAUUGUGCGGUCUUGUAUCAGUGGCUUGGGCCUUCCAGGUAUGUUGGGGUUGCUUCUUUGCAGCGUGCAUCCCGGCCCGGCAUGCCAGGGCCUGCUUUGCGUGGGUGGGAGCAUCUGCUGCAUUGGUCCAGGGGGUAUGUGGGCCAUCAUUUGCGUGAAGGAACUUUUGAAGGUGGGGUCGCAUCUGCUCAGUUUGAGAAGGCGCUGGCUCGAGUGUCUAGGGCACAGCAGUACAAUGCCCAUCGGGCUGAGCCUCAGGAUUUGGUGCGAGCGCUGGGGAUGGAUUUCCGAUCUGCCUACAGACAUGUGCAGCAACAUCGCUUUGCGCAAUCUGGCGUUUUGGGUCCCCUCAACAUUUACAGUCCUGGGCACUGGCGUUUAUUGCUUUUAUUUGUAGGAUCCUUUGGUGCAAGUGUUCAUUGGGCGUGCGUUGAUAAGCAUUGGCGUUCGCCAUGUUCAGCAAUCUUGCUUUGGAAGAAAGCGAAACUCUGGCUUGUCGGCCGAAGGCUCCAGUUGGCCCAGAAAAAGUUUGAUGACUUGCUGCAUUCUCGAAGGCUCCCUUCUACACGCGGCUUCAUCAUUACGGUGCCCCAGCGUUGCUUCAUCCCGGCGGUGAAGUCAGCACUGCGGUUGGGCGUUGCCUCUCAACCGAGCUGGGACAAAAUGAUGCGGAACUACGUGGUGGAGAGUACUCGGAUUGCAGUGGGAAAGGUGCGUACUUUUGCUGACAAGCAAAAUUGCGCUCAACAAGCGCAAGUUUUUGACUGGGAUGAAGUCCGGCAGUGCAGUGACUCAGAGUUGGCAGAUGCGGUGCGUGCCACUGGCGCCCGGCGUGUAGAAACCAACUGGAGGGUGCCUAUGCCAUCUACGCGAGAAGAUGACUUGUCUUCGGUCAAGCAGUGUUUGCGUGGGUGGUGCGGUGCCUUUCUUUCGCCAAAAGUGGCUAAGACGUGCCGUGGACAUGCAGCGCGACAGCUGGAAGCAACAAGAGCGUGGAAGAUGCAUCGUCAACGCGUUGUGGCACUGACAGCAGAGCACGAGCACAUUUUCUCCCAAUUUUCCGCAGGCAAGCAAGAGGUGAUUUGCCCAGAUGACAAAAUGAAACAGUACAAAUGGAUUGUGCCGAAGAAGACUUACUUCCUCAUGAUGGCCUUUUUUGUGUGCCUCUCUAGUGCAUGGUGUGCUGUAGACAUGUCUGUGGAGGAAGCGCAAGCGUGGUGUGUUGCCCUGCUGACAGCUUUUGUUCCAGCCAGGUUACGUCGACAAUUUGGAGUGGUGCCAGGCAGAUGGUUUCUUCCGUACUGCUACAACAGCAUGAAGCCGAAGUGUUUUUCCAACGGUCGCCGCUCCUGUGAGAAACCAGGGCAUUCGUGUAUGCGCAGGAUAGUGUCCUACGUCAAGUGGCCAGCUCGGCGCAUGUGGCGGCAGGCUGGCAGGGCUUUGACUUUCAUUCUGCAAAUGACUAUCUGCACUGAUGAAAUUUGGGCAUUGAAUACUGCCCGUCGUGAUCUCGAGCGGAAGAUGGCGCGCUUGCUUCCUGCCAGACAAGCAGGGCGGUGUGACCGCUGUCAUGGUGCUUGUGCAGAAAUCCAGGGAAUUACUGCAGAUGCGGGCCAGUUCUUUGAAUGCGUGUCUGCCUUUGAAGCCUGCUCUGCGUUGGACGAAGUACUGACGUUGGCCCGGAAGUGGCCGCCUCGACAGUUCUUGGCUGGCAAGAGCAUUGCUGGAAUUUUGACCAAAACAGACGGCAGGUUGCUCAAUUCUGGUGGGAUGAUCGGCUGUGGUCUCACUCUGUUGCUCGUGGGCGAUAUGUCGAUGACCUCAUUUGGUUCAGCAGGUCGCUUUGCACUGGGUGCCUUGAAGAAGGGGUGCAGCAUGCUUACUCAGUGCCCUUUGAGGCUUGAGGUGGCAGUGCGCGGCUCUGAGAAGGACUUUCACCAUGAUCGUGACAAGCGCCGACGUGGUGGCCACCGCAGUCAGCGCGAUCUUGGUGCUGAGGAUGUCAGACGAAGGAGCAAGGCCGCUGGGGACAAGGAGAAGAAAAGGAAGAAAAAGAAGAGAUCUAGUUCUUCCUCUUCUUCUGCGUCUCCAUCAUCAUCGUCGAGCUCCUCUGUGGCAAAAAAGAAACAGGCCAGGAAACAGGCAAAGAAAGCUGCUGAGCGUGCCCAAGCCAGUGAGGAUAGGCUCAUGGCAGAAAUCCAGAAGCUCAAAAAAACUUUGAAGCCAAGUUCUGAGCCUGUUACUCCAGCUAAGCUACCUGCGACACGUGCCUGUGAGCAACUCACGCCAAAGGCCCAGUCUCAUCUCAAGACCUUGCUGUCUUUCAUGUCAGAUGGAGAGGUGACGCCACUGGUGGAUGUGGGAAAGGUGCAUACAUGGCAUGAUAUCGAAGAUCAGCUUAAUGGAAAAACUUUGCCCGUCUUGAAGCAGUUUUUGUCUACCAGGAUUCCAGAGCCUGAGAUUCCAAGUAGGAAAGCUCCUGCUAUCCAAAAAGUGCUGCAGCUGGCAAGGGAUGCCUUGCCUUGCUGA